AUGGUCCUCGGCUGGCUGCUGCUUCUGGUGAUGGCUCUGCCCCCAGGCACGACGGGCACCAAGGACUGCGUCUUCUGUGAGCUGACCGACUCCACAACCUGUCCCGGCACCCACAUGCGCUGUGGCGAUGACGAGGACUGCUUCACGGGCCAUGGGGUGGCCCCCGGCAACAGCCCCAUCAUCAACAAAGGCUGCAUGCAGGCCACCUCGUGUGGCCACGAGGAGCCUGUCAGCUACAUGGGUGUCACCUACAGCCUCACCACCAACUGUUGCACCGGCCGCCUGUGUAACGGGGCCCCCCACCUCGCAGGCGGCCAGAUGGCAGGGGCCACCACCGGCCUGGCGCUGGGCGUGCUGCUAUUCCUCCGACAUUUGCUGUGA